AUGGGCCUUGCCUACAUGUACAUGUACAGUAUUACAUUGCGAUUUCUUAGGGCGGGGGGCGAUGACGAAGAUGAGCGCGCGUUCGGUAUUCCAAGCAUGUCCACGAUCACGGAGACGGCCAUGAAGAUCCCGGGCGCGUCGACGGUUGCGGGGAUGGCCAAAACUCUGCCGGGUGCGUCAAUGGUGGGGGAUUUGGCCCAGAAGAUGCAGUAUCAGUACUGGCUGAAGAUGAACAAGACACCGGACGAAGUGAAGACGAUUCUGGGGCUCGACAACUUCGGGGCGAAGAUUCUCGAUAACCCCAACCUGGACGUGUGGAUCCGAUUCGCUAUCGCGUACAACAAACGCAAUAAUCUCCCAGAAUCGAAAAUCAUCUCCGACUUACUCAAGAUGAUGCCCGCUGACAGAGUGAUGAAGCUGCCCGAGAAACUUCCUGUCUCUGCGAAGACGAUCGACAACGUGGAGAACUACGUUUGGCUCUACAUGAACAAGACUCCGAGUGAUGUUUACAAGCUGCUGGGGCUUGAUCGUCUCGGAAAAGAGAUUCUUGACAGUCCGGGCCUAUACGUUUGGAUUCGAUACAAGCGGAUCUAA